AUGGAUGCUAAUCAACAGAUAUAUUCCUUCGUAAUAAUAGUACUCACACUUGUUGAUGCAUCUACCAUAUCUACAAAUAAACAUGAUUCAAACGCAGAAGAUUUAAACAUCUUUGGGACAAAGGUCAGCGAUCCAAAAUCGAUCGGUCAAGUUAAGAGGGACACAAGUCUGAGCUAUGCAGCAACAAACAUUGAUUCCAAGGAAGGGACACGAGUAAAAACUAUAACUGUUAUUAAAAAUCACAGUGGGAAAAACAACGGGAAAUUAGUAAUUAAUCCAAAUUUGCAUAAAAAUGAGGAUUGGGCAAAUGCUUUUAGAGACAAUUUCGAUACCUAUGGCGGUAUACCAGACGUACCAGAUAUCGAUGAACUUUUUGAUUUUGUAAAAAAUAAACCGAAAGAUGAUAAAAAUGAGGAUAAGAAAGAAGUUUCCAAUUUAAAACCUAAGGACGUUACAAGAAAGGAAAACGCCAAGCCAACUACAGAGGCUUCAUCAGAGAUUGAGGCUACUACCACUCCAAUAGUGGUAAAGAUUAAAGGUGAUGCAGAGGUAAUACCAGGAUUAAAAAAGAAUCAAACAAAUGCACGUUCGCAAUCAUUGGGUAUGAAUAAAGAGUUAACGCGUGAGCCGUUAACUAAUCCAAAUUAUACCUCACCGGAUAAACCGAAGAAUAUUUAUUUUGAGAAAUACAUACAGGAUGUUUCGAGAGGUUACGAUUACCCCAAACCUUGUCCCCAAGGUGGAAAAGGUGUUGUUAGUAUUACAAACCCAUCUUCGGGACGUUCCUACGAUAUUCCAGUAUCAGAAGAUUCGCCAGGCACGCCUUACAUCGCGCCCUCCAUCACUAAGAAAACCCAGGUGCCUGGUUCUCAACCGCAGAACAGCACACAAAACAUAGCCUCUACCUUUGUGCGGCCGAAUUUUUCCGUUAACUCCAUCUUACCUUCACUUCAACCAACGUCUCCGAAUCCAACAAGUCAGGAUCAAGGAGGGAGCUUUUACACCAGUCAACGGCCAUAUGUUGCACCCAAUCUACGGAGUGGCUUUAAUGCUAAUGGUGUCUCGACACCUCGAACAUUAUAUAGAAGUGAUAUCGGCACCUACCGGGGAAAUUCGUUUUUGGUAGGUGCAUAUAGGGCGAAUUUAGCCAGAUCACGUGGUUUAAAGUAUCGAUAA